UGGGAAGCUUCCUGGGCUUGUACUGAGCCUCGAAUACCAUGUGUUGGUGAUCAAGCAGAGGACAAAAUUGGUUCUCUUGUAAACAAAAUGAUGAUGGAUAGCCAUGUAAAUGUUGUAGGAGAAGGACUAGUUGGAAGGUCUGCAUUUACUGGCAAUCAUAUGUGGGUUCUUCCAGAGAACUAUGCUAAAGAAAUGCAUCCACUAGAGGUUCAAAAUGAGGUCUGCCAACAAUUUUUGUCUGGCAUUAAGACUAUUGCAGUUAUUCCUGUCAUCAAUCAUGGUGUUGUUCAGUUGGGUUCAUCAUUGGCAAUGAUGGAAAAUAUGGCUUUUGUGACUGAUGUGAGGAGCUUGAUUCUCCAGCUAGGAUGUAUUCCUGGUGUUCUGCUGUCUGAAAAUUACACUUCAAAAGAUUCUGCUUCAGUGAGUGGGUCAUCUGUAUGUCUAGGAAAAUCUGUUUCUGCUGGUGUGUCUGGGAGUUACAAGGUGAAGGAAUCUGUUCCUUUUGUCGCUGAAAGCUGCAACCAAUUGGGCAUCUCAUCUCAGGAUUUGGAGCUUGUUGAUCAGCCUUCUCAUUCUCUAAUUGGACACACAGAAAAUAGCCUACAAGGUAAUUUGAUGCUCCGAACAGCUAAACUCGUCCCAAAUCUGAUUAAAUCUGAAAAUGGCCUCAGCCAACCAAAUGCAACUCCAAUGAUGAAAGCACUCCUUUCUUUCAGUAGCCAUCUUGAUAAUGGAGAAACAGGAGGCGCGGUUAUCCCCUCAAAUCCUAGGCUUUGGCUGAAUCAGCAGGCAUCUUUGUGCAGCCAAAAUUCUGGGUUGGAUGAACAACUUAUUGUUAGCUCGUCAUCUGUAAAUUGUAGCAAUUUAAUAUUGAUGGAAAAAAAGAUCCUGUCAGAUGUCCACCAAGAGCAUGUUAACAGUACUUGCUCAUCUAGUGGGAUUGUUACAUCUCAGCUGAGAGUAAAUGGAGAAAGCUUAAGUUCUACCAGUCAAGUUCAUGAUAGAGCCGGCAAUCAUGUAAGAUCAAUUUCGAAUUUAUGUUCUGCUCCGACUGUGCACAUCCCCUCUAACUUUGACGUCUCCUGCAUACGUCCUAGUAUGAAUGACCUAAAUGCUUCUAAAACAGACAUGUCUGUGUCCUAUUCAAUGGAUCACUUGACUUCCAGUCUUUCUGAAUGCUCCAGUCUCAGACAUCACCAUAAAAACAUCAAAUGCUCUCAAAUUGAUGUGCCUCAGAGAAAAGAAAGGAAGGAAAGAAUUGAAAAUAAUUUAUUUCAAGCCGUUAACAUUCCCUCAGCACAGCUAGAUAGCCAAUAUCAUGAUUAUGGGAAGAACUUUCCAAAAUUUCAAAGUGAUAAAUACAAGGAAGAAUUUGUUCGACCUCCAUCUGGAGAUGAUCUAUUUGAUAUUUUGGGUGUGGAUUUAAAAAAUAAGUUAUUGAAUGCCAACCAGAAUAAUCCUUUCAAUGAUGGGUCAGAUAUAAGCAACAAAAAGUUGGGUAAGAACGAUGGUACAUCUUUGGAUCUUCAGGAUGCAGAUUCUGAUUUUAAUUUGCUUAAUGGAGGAGACAUGAACAGUGGUAUUUUUUCAUCAACGGGCACUGACCAUCUACUAGAUGCUAUUGUAAAUAGUGUGCAGUUUGCUGCCAAUCAGAGUUCAGAUGAUUAUAGUGAGUCUUGUGGGACAACAUUAACGAAGAUUAGUUCCUCGUUUGAUAUUAAUGCUUCCUCCUCCUGUGGUCCUGUUUCUGUUUCUGUUUCUGACAAGAUGCAAGGACAGCUAUUUGAACUUCCCAAAUCUUUAGCAAAGUUAGGGGUUGAAGGAUCUUGCUCCUUCAAAUCUGAAUGCAGCAAGGAAGAUACAGGAAAGUGUAGCCAAACCAGUUCUAUUUAUGGAUCUCAUGUCAGCUCAUGGAUAGAACAGGGUCAUAGUACGAAGAACAAUAGCUCUUCAACUGCAUAUUCUAAAAGGCCUGAUGAAGUAGGUAAAUCAAAUCGCAAAAGGCUUAAGCCUGGUGAGAACCCUAGACCCAGGCCCAAAGAUCGCCAGAUGAUCCAAGAUCGUAUGAAGGAGUUAAGAGAAAUUGUACCAAAUGGGGCAAAGUGUAGCAUUGAUGCUCUCCUGGAACGUACUAUCAAGCAUAUGCUUUUCUUGCAAAGUGUCACCAAACAUGCUGACAAGCUCAAGCAAACAGGGGACUCCAAGAUUAUCAGCAAGGAUGGUGGCUUAGUCUUGAAGGACAACUAUGAGGGAGGAAGAACAUGGGCGUAUGAAGUUGGUUCACAAUCUAUGGUCUGCCCGAUUAUUGUUGAGGAUCUGAAUCCACCUCGUCAAAUGCUUGUGGAGAUGCUUUGUGAAGAACGAGGUUUAUUUUUGGAAAUUGCUGAUAUAAUUAGAGGGCUGGGAUUGACCAUCUUGAAGGGGGUGAUGGAAACCCGGAAUGACAAGAUCUGGGCACGCUUUGCAGUCGAGACAUCCUGGAUUUUCUGA